AUGAGGUGGGGGAAGAAAGGUUUGUCCUCAACCUCAAGAGCAAAAGCCGGGACAAGAGAUGCCAAAGACAUUGGCAUCAGGUUAAAACUGUCCCUGAAGAUGAGCAUACUCUUUUUUCCAAUUUUCACUUUCAUCUCAUACAUUUUAUUUCCUCUCUUCAACAUUUCAGGAGUAAAACCCAUAAGAAAGAGCUCCCGGAACACUAUUACCAUAUCAAACCUCCCUCCAAAAUGUGAAAAGGCGAUGGUGUCGUAGUCUGUUGUUAAUUCGAUUAUCCAUUUGACAAAGGAGAUGAUUGGAUCGUUGGAGACUUUCUGUAGAUCCACAUGUGUUUUGGAAAAUGGGCGCU